AUGGCCUCAACACAGUUCCUUCCCUCCCACGACCUCCUCCACCAAACCGAGUGGAUCUACCACAUGACCCCCACCGGUGAAGAGCACGUCACCAUACCAGUCGAGUUCUUGAACAUCAACAUCAUCGGCUCUGCGACGGAAGACCGCCAUGCCCAGCGCGAGUACUUCCUCGCCGCGCGCGAGAAGUUGAGACGCCGACUGCUCGCCCGCGGGAUCACCUCGGGCCAGGAGUCGCCUGCGUCGCUGCUGCUGAGAAUCUCUCGUGCCAUCACCCAUGCUUCUGCUGUUGCGGGGUCCUUUUUGUGGAAGUUUGUUCCGCUACGGGAGGAGGAUGGGUUUGCGGAUGGUGGGAAGGAUGAGGGGUGGGAGGAGUGUAGUAGCUGUCAUGAUUUUGUUGGUGUCUCUCAGCGUGGUGGUGAUGGGGACUCGGAGAGCGACAGCGACAACGAGCACAGUAUCACCAAAGCCAACACCCUCCUAGACAGCUACGACACCCUCGAGGACUUCACUGUCCGACUGGAAUUCUCCCUGAACCUGUCUGCAGCAGACCAUUCUGCAAACACACCCACACCCGCAAACGCAGCCACUCCAGCCUCAAACCCCCACCUCCUCCCCAACAGCGAACCCACCGCGAUCCUCAAUUCGGUGAUCGCCUACAUCGACGAGAUUGUCGCUACCAUCAACACUACGGAACAAUGCGUCCCGCUCCCUUUCUCCACGGCCCCGGCACUGGCGUCCGCGCACAUCACAAAGCACGCGAGAGCCAUGAUGGAUCCCGAGGACGCGGACGAGGACGAGGACAAGGAGUGCGCAGAGAAUGGAACUUCUACAUGCUACAGCGAGGAGGUCGAGUCUGAUAGAUCCACUUCUUUCAAAGGGCUGACUAGCUCUAUCUACAGCGGCAUGGGGGAGUGUUACGGGCGGAAUUCCCGUGGGCGCUGUGCUGACGGCGUGGGGGUGUACAGUGACUGCGAUGACGACUACCAGAAUCCGCUCAUCUAUAACGAUGACAAGGUCGUGCCGCUGGGAUACGAGAACGAGACGCAUGAGAAACUCAUCUCGAGGUUUUGUCAGGGGCCGGGAUUGUGGGAUCGCGGGUGCUAUUAA